GUUCCAGAGAUUAUUCACAAGCUUUGGGCAAAGGGCAAAAAAGCUCGGAGAGAGAUGGCAAAGAUCCUGUUGCAAUGCGGCGGAGACAAGGAUUGCAUGCUGCACGAAGCCUUCACGGAGAAGGUGACUCACGAGUACGAGCAGAAUCGCUCCAACAAGUUUGAGGUCGAAAGCGGCAGCGCCGCCGCUCGAUUCGAAAGUAUUGCCUUCGGCCCAAGAACAAGGCGCGACAAGUAUCAGAAAAAUCUUCUGUGGUAUUGGGUGGAUACCAAGUACAAGGGCCUGCGCACGGAGGAGGAUAAGGAGACGCUGAGGCGACAGACAGAGCUCGGCAAGGGCGCUACAACCAAAGUGCCCCUAGGACUUGCAAGGCCCUCAACGAAGACAGGUGGUGCUGCGCCGCCUUCAGAAUCGGAUGAUGAUGAUGAUGAGGAGGCGGAUGAUGAGAGCGAGGUUGAUGAUGGUGAGAGUGGGUCAGGUGAUGAUGGUGAGUCAAAGAGCGAUGAUGGCAAUGAUGACUCGCCAAAGCGAAAGAAGAGGCCACAAUCGAAGCCAUCCAAGUCCAGGAAGCCCAAGCGCAAGCGGGAUGAAUUGGAUGAAGAACUACCAGAUGAGGAUCUGGAUGGUGUUCCCCAAGUCCUGGAUGAACUCCUCAAGCAGCAGAAGAAGAUGCAGGCGGUUAUGCAUGCUCAGCAGCUUCAAAACCGGAUUGACGAGCUGAACACGAUGCACGAUGAGAUUGCUGACAUUAAGUCAGAUGUGGAACGCUAUCUUACAGUGACAGUGCUGGCCAACAAGAAGGGUGCCAAGAAAAACCCUGCGAAAAGUGAGCCCAAAGCAGCUGCCAAGCCAAAGCGCGCUGCUGCGAAGAAGAAGGGGGCUAAGGUUUCUCAUGAAAUGGUGGCCGAGCUUGCGAACGCAGUGCAGUAUGAAAUAGAGUUUGCUUUCGGGGAGAAUUCCACAAAGAAGCUGCAAUCUGGAAACUUGAUAGGCAAAAUAAGUCAUGCGCAUACUACGGGGCAUGCUGCCACAGGAACUCGGGCAGCUAUGGAGAUGGUGCCAAGUAUCGUUGCAACCCUCGAAGUGACCUACGUACACAUAGGCCGUGAUCGCGAACACCCAGUCAUCCUACCAAGUAACUAUGUGAAAGCUUUGGUGGCAAAUGACAAGCUGACAAACCUAACUGGUGGGAAGCCUUUGUCCUGCCUAACAACUUUUUGGGAAAAGAUGCGGCCCUUGCGUCCGAACCAUCCCGUCUACGAAUUGCCUGAGGAUGCCUGGAAGCAUAUCAUUCCUGUAUAUUUGAUUGCCGACGAAGGUCGGGGCUUCAAGAAAACUGGAAUCAUGGUGCUGGGGUUCGAACCAAUUCUCGGAUAUGGAUGCGAUGUUGAAGAUGAAACCACCGCGUCAGAGCCUAUCAAGAUGAAUUUCCGAGGGAAUACAUUUAAAACCAGAAUGCUUUUCACGGUACUCCCAAAGGCUAUCUACAACAAAGAUGCAUCGCCCUUGCGCGAGCUGAUCAAUCAAUGGGCUGAUGAUUUCCGAAACUGCUUCUCUGGCCUCGAGGUGAAUCACGAAGGCGAAGCCAUAAAGACAUGGUUCAAAGGGGCGGAUACCGUUGUGGUUCUGAAGUACCUCUCUUGGAAGUUCUCCCAAAUCCUCAUGAAUGCGGAUGCAGUGAUCAAUGACCGAGCUUAUUUUGAGGAGAUUCGAAACUGCUUGUAUCACACUGACGAAUUUAUGACUGCCCUGUAUCAUUCUGGGUUGUUCAUUGCUCGGCUGCGUUUGGAGAGGAUCGUGCGACAUGGAUGUGAGAUGCUAGCAAGCUUCUCACGAUGUGCUGAUAUGGCCUUCCGGCAGAGCCCCAUCAAUCCGAUCUCAUAUUCUUGUCAAAUGCCGGAGGACUUCAUCAAUGGAUGUGCUACUUUGUCCCGCAGUGUGAAUGCCAGAGCGAUCGGCAUUCGGACCAUAGACUUGUAUAAAGUGGCAGUAGCUUCCGCAUGGUGA